AAUACUUUCUCGUCAUUACCAGCGACAAAGUUAAAACGUCAAACAGCUGAGCGAGGUGACUGAUUGCUUGUCGUUUUGUGGCUUGCUCUUGUGUUCGUCUUUCUUGUUCAGUGAUUCAGGCAAAAUUUUGAAAAACAGUGUAUUCACCAGGUAUUCUUCAGGGUACAUACAAGCAUACUGAAUAUGAGUGAACUAAGUCAGGAGGAGAUAAGAAGACGGCGCUUAGCGCGUCUGGCCGCCCUGAGCGGAGCAGGGUCGGGGCCGUCUCCCGCGAGCCCUCCGGCCACCCCGGGCGCGUCGAUGCCGUCGCUCGACGUCGCGCCUCCCCUGUCCCGGCUGUCGCCCGCCUCCACCCCGCGAAGCUCCACGGAGCCCAGCACCCCCGACCUCAACAACGCAAACAAAGAACCCAACUAUAACAAUGAAGUCAGUAAAAGUGACGUAACAGAUCAGACGAAUAUACCAGCCGACGGUUUAAUUGUAACAGAGAAAACAGACAAUAAUUUAUUAGACGAAAUGCCCGAUACAAAGAUGACUGACCUGUCUCAGACGAGACAGUACAACAGUUUUGAUUCCAUGGGUGAGGACGCUUUGCUGAGUUGUGGCUCAGUGAGAGUGGGCAGCUUGCCCCAGUCAACGGUUGGUGGCUCAGAAGGGACGUCGACGAGAGAAGACAGCACAUCUAGGUCAAUAUCACCAGCGCAGUUUGCGGAGCCAUCUCCGGUCAGGCCGAGACCUAAUGUUUCUCCCAGUUGUUCUCGGCGGUCCCUCUCUAUGGAAGUGGAUGAUAGCUCAGAAAGAAAUUCUCAGUCAGACCAACAACAUGAGCCCAUGGAGGUUGAAGACGACUCAACAGCUUCGCCAGCGCGUAAAAUUUAUCGGUCGCGAACUGUCAGCUGCACAGAAUUGACAGAAGACCAAUUGCGGCAUAUUGUCGCCAAAAUUCUCCAGGUGUCCUGGUCAGAAGAUAGUGCUGGUGGAAUAUUUGUGCCAUCGGUUGCAGCAGCCUUACUUGACAAUCCUAAGUUAAGAUUAGACGAAUUAGCAUCAGAAGCAAUAAUGGACGUGAUUACUCAAAUAGCAGACGGAUCGGAUCCUCUGAAUCAGAAGCUUAUAGCAGUUUCUGAAACAUCGAAAAGACUGAGCGAAGAUUGCGGAGACGACACGCUGACGAGCGGCCCGCUCGGCUCUGAGACGGACGCCGACAAGGCGGAUUGUCCCACCCCGUCGCUGCCUAUCCCCAAAACCAUCCCAACACAGGGACUUGCUGUUAGUUAUUUACUGAGAUUUUACAACAAUAUCAACCUAUACGAAAGGGAACAUCCAAAGAAGAGCUCGGAACCACCUCUUAGUGAUCUACUGCAAAAUUUAAGGACUUUAUUGGUGAAUCAUUUGGUGCUAGUGCUACAGGGUCGAUUCGAACUGGAAAAGUGCCGCAAAUCGCCCCUGCUUCCGUACAUCCUCAUCGGGAACACGCCCAUAGGUCUGAUACCAGAAGUAUUAAUCGCCACAUACACGGAAAAGGAGGUCUUUGAGGAGGUAUUCGUGCCUCUCCUGAUGGGCAUUCGCGAGGAAAUGCGUCGCUGCGUGUCACCGGGCGUGGGCCGCGGGCACGGCGCGGCGCUGCGAGCGCUGCGGUCGCUAUGCGACAUGCGUGCGGGCCCGCGGCACGCGCUGCGGCCCGUGUGCGCGCUCAUCGCUCGCCUGCCCAGCCUGUGUCCCGACGCCGUCACCACCGCGCCUGGCAGGGAGAUCGCGAGGGUCAGCUUCCUUGGGCCGUUCUUUGCGAUUUCCCUCUUCGCCGAGGAGAACCCGCGUCUAGCCGAACGCCUAUUCGCGAGCGGUUCCAGCGACCGCAGCCUGGCGUUCGCACUGCAACGGGAGGUGGAAGCCAGUCGCAACACGCUGCAUAACAUCUGCCACAAUAUCCUGCUGUGUCCUGAAGCUAGAGAGCCUUUCCUGAACUUCUUCGCCGCGAUACUGCAGAGGAACGAGCGACGAGCACAGUUGCAGACCGACGAGAGAUCUCUGGCUGGCGACGGCUUCAUGCUGAACGUGUGUUCGGUGCUGCAGCUGCUGUCGGUGCGCAUCAAGCUGGAGCGCGUGUACCCGCUGUACACCUUCCAGCCCGGCGCCUGGGCCAACGUGCGCGACGACACGCGCCUCUACUACACCGCGCAGGAGGCGCAGGACUGGCUGGACGAGCUCAACAAAGACCCCAACCACAAGUGGCCGGAGGCGAAGUUCACGACGGUGUGCUGGUUCCUGACGCUGCACAUGCACCACGUGGCGCUCAUCCCCGCCCUGCAUACGCAUCAGCGCCGUAUACGUGCAUUCCGGGACCUACAGAAAGUGAUCGAAGAGCUGAUGGCGGCCGAGCCUCAAUGGCGCAACAGCUUCUCCGCGCUGCGCAACCGCGAGCUGCUCAGCAGGUGGCGGCGUCAGAUCAAACGCCUGCACAGGUCGAAGCAGUGCGCGGAGACAGCGCUGCUGGACGGCGACGUGAUGCGGCGCAGCAUGCAGUUCUACGCGAGCGCGUGCGCACUUCUGACCGCGCAGUUGGAGGCGGCGCGCGUCGGCUCGGGCCCGCGCGCCGGCGCCUUCCGCGCCACGCCCGAGUGGUACGUCGAGGACAUCGCCGAGUUCAUGCUCUUCGCCGUCCAAUACGUCCCACGGAUAGUAGCAGACUACAUUGAGGACCCGAUCAUAACGUGGCUGCUCAGCGCCAUCUGCAACUCUCACUUGAUCAAAAACCCGUAUCUGGUAGCGAAGAUAGUUGAGGUGUUGUUCGUGAUCAACCUGUCGCUGCCGUUGAAGCUGAAGAACGUCUAUGAGAAGUUCAUGGACCACCCCAUGUCGCAGACGGCGCUGCCGAGCGCGCUCAUGAAGUUCUACACAGACAUCGAGACCACCGGCCAGAGCACGGAGUUUUACGACAAGUUCACGAUCCGAUUCCACAUCAGCAUCAUCCUGAAGGGCAUGUGGGAGCGGCCUAUUCAUAAACAGGCUAUCGUGAAGGAGUCGCGCUCGGGCCGCCAGUUCGUGAAGUUUAUCAACAUGCUCAUGAAUGACACCACAUUCCUAUUAGAUGAAUGCCUUACGUACCUGAAACGUAUCCACGAGGCGCAGGAAGGCACCGCGGCGGGCGCGAGCGGCGCCACGGCCGAGGCGCGCGCGCGGGCGCUGGCGCAGGACGAGCGCCAGUGCCGCUCCUACCUCACGCUCGCCAGGGAGACGGUGGACAUGCUGGAGUACCUGACGGUGGAGAUCAAGGAGCCGUUCCUGCGCGCCGAGCUGGUGGACCGGCUCGCCUCCAUGCUCAACUUCAACCUGCAGCAGCUCUGCGGGCCCAAGUGCAAGAACCUCAAGGUCCGCCGGCCAGAGAAAUACGGGUGGGAACCGAGGAGGCUGCUCAGCCAGCUGGUCGACAUCUACCUGCACCUCGACACGCCGCAGUUCCACGCUGCGCUCGCCGCGGAUGAGAGAUCCUUCCGCAAAGAAUUAUUUGAAGAGGCCGCUAUGAGGUUGUCCAAAUCUUGUAUCAAGACAACCACCGAGAUCGAGCGCUUCAAGGCGCUCGCUGACAAUGCAUAUCAAAUCGCAGUAUCUAACCAGCAGAAGAGCGACGAAUACGCCGAUGCCCCUGAGGAGUUCAGGGAUCCGUUGAUGGACACACUAAUGACUGAUCCUGUAUUAUUGCCAUCUGGAAAGGUCAUGGACCGAUCGGUGAUCCUGCGGCACCUACUCAACAGCGCCACGGACCCUUUCAACCGGCAGCCGCUCUCGGAAGACCAACUGCGUCCAGCGACCGAACUGAAAGAGAGGAUCAGUCAAUGGCAACGUGAAAAGAGGGGAUCGACAUCAUAAACACUAAGCCAACGAUUAAGUCUGAUGUAUAUAGUCUAGAACAUAUAUAAAGACUAAAAUCUGGAUAUAUCCAGCAUUUUAAAUGGACUAUUGUCCACGCGCAUGAAUGUGAGAUUAUUCUAAGUAUGUUGUAGUGUGCAGUUGAAAACGAAGGUUACGAGGCGAUCCGUAACAAAGCAUGACUCGAAGAUACUAAUCGUUUGUUCCCCGCGUGUUGGUUCACAUAGCUGCACAGUGCCGCCGAUCCGCCUUACUUUAAAAACUCUUUAAAUUAUUAAUGUUAUUAUGCAUAACACUCAAUUUUUCUGUGAUGUUAUAAUUUUAGCGUUCAUUUGGCAGCAUUUUAAUCCCCACAUGAAAUCAAAAUUAUCACAUUUCAAUGUAUAAAAGAAAUAUCUUACAUAAAAGUAAGAACUCUAUUUUCGACAUCACAACAAGUAAGAAUGAAGUGGCCUAAAUGUAAGAUUGCCCGUGAUUAGGUGCUCGUAAAGAAGAUUGACCCCAAAUGAACACCAUCUACAUACGUGAUGACACGGAACAUUGUCUUCUUGCAUUUGAUAUUCUCUCUGCGGUAAUCGCACGCAAGUCAUCUGUUGUAGCUGUAGCCCCGCAUUAGUUUAACUAAUGGUAUACUUUAAACAUUUAGGUGUUUAUGGAAUGUUUUAGACAUUUUAUUUUUGUGCAAAAUGGAAAGAGUAGAUAAAUGAAUUUAUUUUAUGAAUUUGAUAAACUAUUCACAUAUAUAGUGAUAUUAUGUUUAGAAUACUUUAGCCAACAUUAUUUUAAUAACUAUACAUUACAUAUUAUCGAUUAUGUGAUUUGUUCCUUUAUGUUAGUUCAUUUAAAAUAUUUUGUUUCUCACUUGUUAGCUGAAAUUGAUAUCGAAAUAAUAAUUGUAUUAUCAUUAGCAUAAUCACAAUUAUAUUGUAAUUAAUUAUAAAGUCUCUGCAUUACCAAAUCUCAAUUAUUAAAAUUUAUCCAGUCACUGCCAAGUCUGUCAACAUAUUGAAUUAGUACAGGCAUUCCUAAAUAAGUCCAUUUCUUUAAAAUUACAUGGUCUCACUUGUAUAGUAUAAUUUGACUUGUAUUUAUCUUUAUAUUAUGAAGAUUAUAUGCUAGAGGUCUCUUAUGUUAAUAUGUCAAUAAAAAGUAAUAAUAUUAAUGGAGUUAUUUCUAUUUAAUUACUUAUCUAAUUAUAUCCCCAGCAUUACCACACAUAGCUGUUGUAUGAUAUAUUUCUUAAUAUCCUUCAGUUUAUCUAAAAUGAGUUCAUAUGGGCACAGUCAAUAAUAAAUAAUAACAUACUUUUAGGGCAGUCUAAAUAAAAAUAUGGAAUAUAAAUAUUAAAUAUAUAUUUGCUUUAAACCAAUGUAAACACUUAAAAUAAAUUAUUGUCAAUUCAUCCAUACUUAUAUCCAGAUUCUAUCAAAUGUGCGCAAUAUAUCACGAACAAGUCAUUUUUCAUGUGAAACUUUCUUCCCUUAACAAUAUAAUCUUAAACUUAAAAUAGGAGGUAGUUAUUGUAUCCAUGUGUAGAAUUUUCGUAACCAGAUUCAAAUCAGGUUACUGAACUAUUUGCUACUGUAAAGCAAUAAACAUAAGACACAUUUCUAUAUUUUAUGCUUUACAUGAGUAUAAAAGGCUAUCAGCAGCUGCCUAUCAAUACCUCAACUACACAUGAAUAAUGUUAAUACAAGUCAAGCUAACAAGAACAUUAACACAAAACUAAAUUAUUUAUGCUCUCUAUUCACCAUUGAUAU